AUGCACGGCGGCCGCAUCUGGUCCAGUGAAUCGCUACAAUGUCUACACCAUCAUCCGUUCCGUCUUCGUCGCCUUCACCGCUGUAGUAACACUAAGGCAUUUAUCGCUCUUCUAUUUCUGCUCGGUCCUGCUCUCUCCGCUUCACGAGCUACCGAGACGCAAGAGCCGCCUAAUGCGACGGCUCAGACUCUUGACAGCAACAAUGACUCGACCGCGUCGAACCCCUCCAAACCACCGAAGAUCACACCCUUCAACUUCACUCUCUACCACUCCAGCGAUGCACUGCUGCGCGAGAUUCGCGCGCUUGCAGCCCGGCAUCCCCAUGCUGCAGAGGUGAGCUUGCCUUUUGAGUCGACCCAAAAGCCAGUUCGCAGGGUUCGAGCGCUUGCAGCCCGGCAUCCCCAUGCUGCAGAGGUGAGCUGUCUCUUGUCAUUGCACCGACGGGGAUCAUAUAAGCAGCUGUUCCUGGCUCAAGGCAGUAGUGGUGGUUUGAGCCGAAGCAUGCUUCAAUUCAGCUCAAAUUUUGAGCCAAUUCGCCUUAGAAGAUCUGUGCAGCUGUUCCUGGCUCAAGGUGAUGGCGCUGCUAUCGGGGAACCUUCUGUGCGAGCUGUUUCUGACGCAGAAAACAAGGGGACAGGUGUACCUGGUGAUGCUGCCACAGCAGAGAAAGACUCAGCAAUUGCACUGGGUGACGUGGCUACUGCACACAGUGACGUGGCGAGUGCAAACGGUGAUGUGGCAGGGGCGAGAGAAUCGGCGGAGACUACAGCAGCAGACGAGGGCACGUUCAGUGGUUUCGGGGGCGAUGCGCAAUACUUCAAGAGGCAGGACGGCCGCAGCAACGAGUCGUGCAGCAGUGCAGAUACAGUGGAAGGGCUCUCCUCGGUUCUUCCUUCCGAGCUAUCAGGGAAGCUGCGCAUUCUCCUUGCUGAAGGAGGAGGGGAGAAAGAUGAGGAGGGAGAGGAUAAGGAAGGGGAGAUGGAAGUAGAGGAGGAGAGGAGUGGGGAGGAGACGGGGGUGGGGCAGAAGGAGGAGGGAGCCAAGGAGGGAUCUGGGGAAGGAAUCAGCUGGGAGCAACUGGCUUUGAUCUGGCGACACCUGGUCAUCACGGUGGGUUGA